UCUCUUGGAAUCCGUCAUUCACAAAUUUCAUAUUGUCUGUCAAGUUUAAGGGGUUUCAAUCUGAAAAAUCCUCUGUCUCCCUUCACAACCGUUCUUUUUUCUACAUUCCACUUCAGAUCUUAACUGAAUUUCGUCCAAAAUCCUCAGGUUUCUAGGGUUUCUAUACAGUCACAAUGCACAUCAAAGAGGUUUGUUUAGAGGGAUUCAAAUCAUACGCUACAAGAACAGUUGUUCCAGGUUUCGAUCCCUUUUUCAAUGCCAUAACCGGAUUAAACGGAUCCGGGAAAUCGAACAUUCUCGAUUCCAUUUGCUUCGUGUUAGGUAUCACGAACUUGCAGCAGGUUCGAGCUUCGAAUUUACAGGAGUUGGUGUACAAGCAAGGACAAGCUGGUAUCACGAAGGCGACCGUGUCGGUUGUGUUUGAUAACUCCGAUAGGAGUAGAAGCCCACUUGGAUACGAAGAUUGCCCCGAAAUUACUGUUACUCGCCAGAUUGUGGUUGGUGGGAGGAACAAGUACUUGAUCAAUGGACAUCUUGCACAACCAAGUCGAGUGCAAAAUCUUUUUCACUCAGUUCAGCUAAAUGUCAACAAUCCACAUUUUCUGAUUAUGCAAGGGCGCAUUACCAAGGUAUUAAACAUGAAACCUCCUGAAAUAUUGUCCAUGCUUGAAGAAGCAGCUGGAACAAGAAUGUAUGAAACCAAAAAAGAUGCUGCUUUGAAGACCCUUGAGAAAAAGCAGGGUAAAGUUGAUGAGAUCAACAAGCUUCUUGAUCAGGAAAUACUCCCUGCACUAGAAAAACUAAGGAAAGAGCGAAUGCAAUACAUGCAAUGGUCCAAUGGGAAUGCAGAAUUAGAUAGACUGAAAAGGUUUUGUAUUGCUUAUGAAUAUGUAGAAGCAGAAAAAAUUCGAGAUAAUGCAGUUCAUGGUGUUGAAGAGGUAAAAGCCAAGAUAACUGAGAUUGACAGUAAUACAGAGACAAUGCAAACAGAAAUACAAGAAAUGGAGGCGAAUGUAACAAAGUUAACUGCUGAAAAAGAUGCAACCAUGGGUGGGGAGGUUAAGGCUCUGUCAGAUAAAGUUGAUGCUAUUUCUUGUGAUCUUGUGAAAGAAACUUCGGUUUUGAAAAAUCAAGAGGACAAUCUCAACACCGAGAAAAAGAAUGCUGUAAAGAUUGAAAAAAAUCUUGAAGAACUGAAGCAGUCUGUUGAAGAUAGAGCUAAUGCUGUAAAAAGUGCAGAAGAUGGAGCAGCUGAUUUGAAGAAAAGAGUUGAAGAGCUAAAGAAGAGUUUAGAAGAACAUGAAAAAGAGUACCAGGGUGUUGUUGCUGGUAAAAGCAGUGGUAAUGAAGAGAAGUGUCUUGAAGAUCAAUUAGGUGAUGCUAAAGUGGCAGUUGGAAAGGCAGAAACCGAGUUGAAGCAGUUGAAAACAAAGAUAAGUCAUGGUGAAAAGGAGCUAAAAGAGAACACAACUAAGUUAUUAUCAAAGCGGGAUGAAGCUGUUUCUGUAGAAAAAGAGCUCAAAAUCAGACAGAAAGAUGUAGAAAAUGUUGAAAAGGCUUUGAAAUCUUUAUCAUAUGAGGAAGGACAGAUGGAAGGUUUACAAAAGGACCGAAUGGUGGAGUCAGAAGCAGUACAUAAGAUAAAAGAGGAAAUAAGGAUGAUUUCUUCACGUUUGGGGAACAUUGAGUUCUCUUAUCGUGAUCCUGUGAAGAACUUUGACCGGUCAAGAGUCAAAGGCGUGGUUGCAAAGCUUAUUAAAGUCAAAGAUAGCUCAACUAUGACUGCAUUGGAGGUCUGUGCAGGUGGGAAGUUGUUUAAUAUUGUGGUGGACACUGAAAAUACAGGAAAACAACUUUUACAAAAUGGUGAUCUCAGAAGAAGAGUGACAAUUAUUCCUUUGAAUAAAAUCCAAAGCCAUCCUGUACCUUCUAGAGUUCAAACUGCUGCUACUAAACUGGCAAGUAAAGGCAAUGCUGAGGUGGCACUUUCAUUGGUUGGUUAUGAUGAUGAGCUCCAGACUGCAAUGGAAUAUGUGUUUGGUGCAACUUUUGUUUGUAAGACCAGUGAUGCUGCAAAAGAGGUUGCAUUUAAUCGCCAAGUUAGUACCCCUAGUGUGACAUUGGAAGGUGACAUUUUUCAACCAAGUGGUCUUCUGACUGGUGGUUCUCGCAAGGGUGGUGGUGAUCUAUUAAGACAACUACAUGCUUUAGGAGAGGCUGAAUCAGAAUUAUCAUUACAUCAAAAACGACUAUCAGAAAUCGAAUCAAAGAUUAAUGAGCUUCUUCCACUUCAAAAAAAGUACAACGACUUAAAGACUCAAUUAGAACUUAAGUCAUAUGAUCUUUCACUCUUCCAAACCAGAGCUGAGCAGAAUGAGCAUCAUAAGCUUAGUGAAACAGUAAAAAGAAUCGAGCAAGAGCUUGCAGAAGCUAAAUCUGCUGUUAAUGAAAAGCAAGCACUUUAUAAAAAAUGUGUAGCUGAAGUGACAAAUCUUGAAAAGUCAAUUAAAGACCAUUCCAGUAAUCGGGAACGUAUGCUCAAAGAUUUAGAAAAAAAGAUUAAGGAUGUGAAAAAAAAUAUGCAGUCAGCUUCAAAGGACCUCAAGGGGCAUGAAAAUGAAAGGGAGAAGCUUAUAAUGGAAGCCGAGGCAGUUAAACAAGAACAGGCGUCUUUAGAGAAUCAGUUAGUUUCUUUUGAGAAGCAGAUUAGUGUGUUGACUGCUGAAGUGGAUGCACUGAAGACCAAGGUUAUUUCAUUGAAAGAUGAACAUAGUGAAGCACAACGUGAGCUAAAUGCAGCCCGUAAGAAGGUGAAGGAGUGUGACUCACAAAUCAGUCGUAUUCUUAAAGAUCAGCAAAAACUUAGAAAUAAAAUGGGUGAGAAAAAUCUUGAGAGGAAAAAGUUAGAAAAUGAGGUCAAACGUAUGGAAAUGGAACAGAAAGAGUGUUCAUCAAAGGUUGAUAGAUUGAUUGAGAAGAAUUCUUGGAUAAAUUCUGAGAAACAACUUUUUGGAAGAAGUGGAAGUGAUUAUGAUUUCACAUCCCGUGAUCCACAUAAAGCAAGGGAACAUUUUGAAAGUCUCCAGGCUGAACAAGCAGGGCUUGAGAAGAGGGUGAACAAGAAAGUUAUGGCCAUGUUUGAGAAAGCAGAAGAUGAGUACAAUGACUUGAUAUCCAAGAAGAACAUUAUUGAGAAUGACAAGUCAAAGAUUAAGCUGGUGAUUGAAGAGCUUGAUGAGAAGAAAAAGGAGACGCUGAAAGUGACAUGGGUUAAAGUGAACAGUGAUUUUGGAUCUAUAUUUUCCACGUUGUUGCCUGGAACAAUGGCAAAGCUAGAACCACCAGAGGGAGGGACAUUUUUGGAUGGAUUAGAAGUGCGGGUGGCAUUUGGGGGUGUUUGGAAACAGUCAUUAUCAGAACUCAGUGGUGGACAAAGAUCUCUACUUGCACUUUCUUUAAUUUUAGCACUACUUCUUUUCAAACCAGCCCCACUUUAUAUAUUGGAUGAGGUUGAUGCAGCUCUUGAUCUGAGUCAUACACAGAACAUCGGGCGGAUGAUCAAAGCUCACUUUCCACAUUCUCAGUUUAUUGUCGUUUCCUUGAAAGAAGGGAUGUUCAACAAUGCGAAUGUUCUUUUUCGUACAAAAUUCGUGGAUGGUGUUUCUACUGUUCAAAGAACAGUUGCAUCAAAGAAGAGUUGAUUGUUUGUUUUUUCAAAUGGUGGUUUGUUUGUUUUUAGAGGAUAUUUGUUAAAUGUUAUGUAUGCAAUGGCUUGUUGUGUAAAACCAUUUUCUUUGUAAUAUAUUUUAUAUUAAAGGCUUGUUGUGUCAAAA